CAUUAGUUGUAACUUGGCACACAAACAGUACACAAGCAAAAUUUUUCCAAAAAUUUACAGUCCUAUGUUUACACUCUUUAAAAUUAGUUGUGAGAAAAGUUCGGUUUUUAUAAAAAAUUUCAUAAGGAAAUUGUAAAAAUUUUCUACAUAAUUGUAGUACGAUGAGUUCAAACAAUGCAAAUGAUUGCAAGAGCCUGUGUAAGGGAAUAAUUACCAUUUCUGCAAAAGAUGAAAGUCCUAAAGGUUUCACUGAAAUGUGUAAACAACCAAGGAGAAGUGUACCGUCCAAAUGUAAGCCGGUAAAGACCUGUGCAAAGCCGCGACGAAAGGCCGCUUGUGGCAAGGCGUCUCGGCCUAAGGUCAAGAGUCGGUGUGCGACGAAGCCCAAGUGCAGCAAGCAAGGUCCAAUCACUAGCAACGGAUAUUUGAAUUUCAUACGCUCGUUCCGGAAGAAGCACUGUGACAUGAAACCGCGGCAAUUAAUCGCAGAGGCCGCUAAAGCAUGGGCCGCGCUCCCGGAGCAUAUAAAGGAUCGAUACCGCCGGAUGGCGUGCAAGGUCACCACCAGUGAGCGCCACAGGCGCCGACGGGUUUGUUGCAACUAAUACUGAGAUACGAAAAAGUCCGAUGCAGCUAAGUCCAGGCAUAUACUUACAUUGAUUUGAUACCAUUUGAUGAAUUAUUUUAUUCCUAAAUAAAAAUAAAUUAAUAAGUA